GGAAAUGCGCGGCCAGGACAUCCGCUCUGAAUCUUUGAUCAGCAGAUAAAAUCAGCACGCUCGCGCCGAGCGAAGAUUUUUUUUCUUUUACUGGUACUACUAGUUUGCAUUGCAGAGCAGUAAAUUAGCACAAGUCACCUGCUGAGCUUGGUUAAUUCGGCUCUUGGCCGCCCGUACGUCUCCGCCCGCCGUCUUUCUCCUCCUCCGCGGGCGGUGGCUGCGAGCGGGCAGCGUGCCUUGCCUUGCUUUCGAUUCAUGGGCAUGGCGGCUUCGCCGGCUUGUGCUCCGGGCCUCAUCUCCGGCCCCACGCUCCCUCCCCAGCCCGUUGCCUUCCGCUGCUGCUGGGCCCCAAAGCCUUCCUCCUCGUCGUCCACCUCCAGGCGCCCGCGGCGCAGGCGGGUACUUGUGCUUGCAGCUGCCUCCAACCGCGCCUCCCCUGCGGCCGCUUGGGGCCUCGACGCCGACGACUUCCGCCACCCGCUCGACAAACAGAACACUUUGCUGCUAAGAGCGAUCCCCGGCCUUAACGACAUGGGCAAAGCUUUGCUAGGGCCGGUCUCUGAGCAAGUUAUGGUCCUCCAGAACAUCGGAUCGUCUGUUCUUGUCUCUCCAAACCAGCUUCCGAAUCUUCACCAGCUCCUGGUUGAGGCUGCUAAACUCUUGAACACGGAAGCUCCUGACUUGUACAUACGGCAGAAUCCUGUUCCUAAUGCUUACACCUUAGCAAUCAACGGCAAAAAGCCAUUUAUAGUUGUCCACACGAGCCUUGUGGAGCUUCUUACCAGAAAAGAGUUGCAGGCUGUUUUGGCUCAUGAGCUGGGUCACCUGAAAUGCGAUCAUGGCGUGUGGCUUACCUUUGCCAACAUACUAACGAUGGGAGCAUAUACUGUCCCUGGUUUUGGCAUGGUUGCUGGCUUCAUGGAAGAGCAGCUGUAUAGAUGGCUGCGAGCUGCAGAGCUGACUUGCGAUAGAGCAGCUCUUCUUGUGGUGCAAGACCCAAAAGUUGUCAUCUCUGUUCUGAUGAAACUGGCCGGAGGAUGCCCAUCUCUUGCCGAUCAGCUAAACGUGGAUGCCUUCUUGGAGCAAGCUCGUUCGUACGACAAAGCCGCAUCGAAUCCAGUUGGGUGGUACAUCCGGAAUGCUCAAACCAGAGAGCUUUCACACCCUCUGCCUGUGAUGCGAGCUCGUGAGGUUGAUGAGUGGUCAAGGAGCCAGGAGUACAAGACCCUAAUGCAAAAAUUGCUUCGGAUGGGAGCCACACGGUGCGUGGUGCUGGACAUCGAGGGCACGACGAGCCCCAUCUCUUUCGUCACCGACGUGCUCUUCCCCUACGCCCGCGACAACGUUCGCAAGCACCUCGACGCCACCUACGGCUCCGACGAGACCAACGACGACAUCGCCCUGCUGCGCGCCCAGGUCGAGCAGGACUUGGCCGAGGGGGUCGCCGGCGCCGUCCCGGUCCCGCCAGACGAGGCCGGCAAGGACGAGGUCAUCGACGCGCUGGUCGCCAAUGUGGAGGCCAUGAUCAAGGCGGACAGGAAAAUAACCUCGCUGAAGCAGCUGCAGGGCCACAUCUGGAGAACUGGAUUCGAGGGCCAAGAAAUCAAAGGGGUGGUGUUCGAUGACGUCCCUCCGGCGCUUGAGAGGUGGCACGCUAGCGGCAUCAAGACUUACAUAUACUCGAGUGGCAGCAGAGAAGCCCAGAGGCUUAUUUUCGGGAACACCACCUACGGGGAUCUUAGGAAGCAUCUGUGUGGAUUCUUUGACACAAUGGUUGGAACCAAGAGAGAACCUCGCAGCUACUACGAAAUUUGGCAGUCGGUCGGGGUAGACCGGCCGUCGCAGAUACUCUUCUUGACAGAUGUUUACCAAGAAGCCACAGCUGCAAAGGCUGCAGGUCUUGAGGUGCUAAUAUCUAUCAGACCUGGAAACGCGCCACUCCCUGAAAACCACGGGUUCCAGACAAUCACUACAUUUGCUGAAAUCUUGACAUGAAUGAUGGCUCUACAACCUGCCAUAUCCAGAAACGUGUUAUCUCCAGAAGGGAACAGCCUAAUUACAGAAUCUUUAUAUGCAUACCGGUACAACUAACAAUUUAGCAGGUCCAGAGGGAACCAAGUUGGCAGGAUAGAUUCAAGACCUUUAACAUUUCAUCAAAAUCCUUGUGCUAAAAUUUCAUCAGAAAAAAAUAAAAUGACCUAUGUAUCA